AUGAAAAUCUGGGAAAAGUACCUUGAACGUAAGCGCACACUUUACCAUGCCAAGUAUCAAACCCCUCAUCAGCUGUUCGACGCUGCGUGCGACAUAGUGAUCAAGUGUUUUGCUGUAUGCGGUGGCGAAAGGAUGAAACCGGGCUACACACGCCGCAAUGCACGGUUGAUCUUCCUGGUGACGGAUCUCAUUCUGUAUCUGUUCGUAAACCUCUACUCGAUCGCGAUCGUUUGGGGAUCGCUGAUGGAUGUUGUGUUUUGCUUUGUUACGCUGGGAAUCGCUAUACAGGGUCUAGCAAAGAUUGAAGCCUUCACCUGUCCGGAGCUGAACGAUCUGCAUCUGUACAAUGUGGCACGGUUCAAAGCGCCCCCUCGCUUCCCGGAAGUUGACGAGGCACUCUUCCACACCGCCACCAUGUGUAUGGUGUUUAUACGCAUAUUCGCCGUAGCGUUCUCGAUCGUCGCCAUUGCCAUCUACUCGUACGCCAUCCUGAUGCCUUUGAUCGAGCACGAACUAUCGCUCGCAUUUGGGUUCUAUCUGCCGUUUGUCGAUUAUCGCACGCCUGUCGGAUUUGCCAUCAACUGGGUGUAUCAGUUUGUGCAGGUGCUGGAAGGAUGUAUUGGGCUGAUGGCGUGCGACUCCUGUCUGCUGGUACUGAUCAUGAAUGCUACCGGUCAGAUGGACGUUAUCAUUGUCUAUCUGAAGCAGCUGACGCUACUGAUAGAUAAUAAUCACACUGGACAACAUGAUGAGGAAAUUGCAGAUAUUAUAAAAGAAAUUGUGCUCAAGCAUUUAGAGCACACCAAGUACAUGACGGACAUGGAUAAGCUUCUCAAAAAGCAGUUCUUCAUCAACUUUGGAUGCAUGAUUUUCGAGCUCGUUGCAUCACUAGCGAUCGUUGUUAGGGUAAUUAAUCAUAGGUUAAGAUCUUAAAGUGCUUUAAAUAACUCUUUUUCUCAACCUUCCACUGAAUCUCAGGUUCCUUGGUAUCCAGGUAUGGCGAUCUGUCUGAUUUGCACCAAUCAACUCUUUAUCAACUGUGCAUUGGGAACAUUCCUAUCAUCGAAGAAUGAAAAACUGGUGGAGGAGAUCUACAACGUAAACUGGUACGGACUGACGACGAAGCACCAGAAGACACUUCAGCAAAUAUUGCUCACCUCUCAACAUCCUGUGGUACUCUCCGAUGGGUUCUCACCUAUCGAUUUGUUCAACUUUGUAGAGAUAUACAAGAAGAUUUAUUCCUAUUUAAUGGUUUUGCAGAAAGUAUCUUAAAUACUUGUUAUAUGAAAUUAAAGUUUCCAACAUUGUAAUAACUUUAAAGCGCUUUAAUGCACACAAACACACUGCAAGUCGUUCCAGUUGAUCACUUCACAGAAAUUCAACCUCGAUGGAUGUUACGAUCCUAAUUUAUCAAUCCCACCAAACCUAACUCCAAACGAUAACGAGCCAACGAGGAACGAUCUCUCACACCCACAAAACCGAAACGUCUCGGGAACAUCCAACAUGCUCAAGCAUUCCCCAUGCUCACGAACAGGAAGCACAUAAAACACGGUGCAAAAAUCAAACAAUCACAUGAAUCACAUGUAACCGCGCCCGUCCUGUGCACUCCACGGCACGCCGGUGAAACGAAACAAUACAAACAAAAGUUUAAAGCCCCGAAAGCCGGCCAAACCAGAAAUCCAUCGAAAACGCCCCAAGUAGAACUUUUCGCCUCCUCUACCCCUCGGGGAGGAAUAAAAUCAUAAUCUCACUCGAUUCCCGACAAACCACCGCACCGUCGUCAACGCCGCCACCAGCCACGAUCGCAGCAUCGCCGAAAGGGGAACAUGGAACGAUGGAACAAACGAUACGGCACAAUCAACAGUUUCACCACGGCCAUUCUGCUGGCUGAUUAUAUGCUUAAAGUAUUAGUUCAUAAUAAAUUUGACCGAGGCUUGAAAUCGGGUCGAAUAUUGAAUCCGCGGUAAAGCAACGGAACAGCGCACAGAGAAACGGAAGAAGAAUAAAGCGUUGACCCGCAGCGUUGGCCCCUGCAAUUAACAUGAAUGA